AUCGAACUAUUUCUUGCCAGAUCACUGAAUAAGUCACGCUCGGUCCAGACCAUUUUCUUCGCUAUUACGGAGUUGGGAUCACCAGUUUAACUUUAUUUUUAUCUUAGUCUUCAUAAGAAUUUUCAAAAAUAUAACUGGACCACUGCGUAGGUGAAGAUUCUCAAAGUAGCACUGCAGCAUUAAUUUUGUUUCUCACCUGAAAGACGAAUCCUAUUUGGCUCGGCUCCAUGGAAGACAACCUCUUAUUUUAUUAUUAUUUUUUAAGCAAAAGAGGUCUUCAUGCCGCACGAAGAUAUUUUCAGCGCUUGUUUAAGGUCUUUCUCUCUCUCUUGAUCUCUCUAUAUAAGAGUGCUUCUAACUGCGCUUCACUUUAUAUAGGAAUGCUUCUAAUCAGGGUUCUUUGCUCGCUCCUGGGCUGGUCAGUUUCUUCCUUUCAGCCUCAUUUUCUUUCAAUUAUUGAUCGCCUAGAAAAGUAACAUAUAUUUUACUCUCUCAUCCACGGUCUCUUAAUUACUUAUCUAUAAUCUCUUUCUAUUAUUGUUCAUCAUAUUUUUUUACCUUUUCUGUGCUUGUUUAUUUAUUUAUUUAUUUAUUUGGCUACAAUAUUAAUUAUGGUUAAAUUUAGGCCUACUGGUUUUAAGAUAAGUACCAGUGAACUGUUUGAUAAAUUUAAGGAAGAUAAUAAGCAUAAGAUUACAGAGGAGGUGAGGGUUGAGAGGGUUUCAGAAAAUUUUGUUGAUGAUAAUUCAGGAGUCAAGAUACCUGCCUAUGCUCUUAGUUUCGGUUUGUGUCUUCCUUUCCAUCCCUUGAUUAGAGAAAUAUUAAGCAGACUGCAGUUAGCCCCCAUCCAAUUAGUACCAAAUUGUUGGAGGAUAAUGUUAGGUACUUUAGCAGUGAACCGUAUAUGUAAUGUUAAUUUGGGCUGGAACGAGUUUUGUUAUUGCUAUGUAGCGAAGAAAAAUCCUGGGACUACUUCUCUAUAUUAUUUUUCUCCCAGAGAGAAGGGAAUUUCUUUGGUCACUGGUUUACCCCACUCCGAAAGAGGAGAAUGGAAAGAGCAGCUGAUCUACCUUAGAGGAAACUGGGAACGACAACCGGGGGACACUCUUGAUGCUCAGCACUCGAUCCCUACUAAAGCUACCCGGAACUCUAUAGUUAAAGUUGUCAGGCCUCAAAAGGACGAAGUGAAUUGGGAAGAUCUUAACAAGGCUUGGUCAUGGGAGAAAAGAAAUUGGGACGAUCUUCUUGAUGCACGUAACUGGGGAAGGGGAACCGUAGAAGAAGAAGUCACGUUGCAAGCAGAAGUUAAUGAUCAUAGCUGCAGCCGCUUUGGUAAUGAGAUGCUUGAUCAAGCGAGGGAGUCAAUGGCAACAGAGCUACCAGGGAUACAUUCUACUUCUGCUUUUGGUGGAUCAAUCGAAGAAAUGACGAUGACCAUGAAUGUUAAUAAUCCAUCCUCAACAAUAAGAAGAAUAUUUUCUCUUGGUAUUCCUUGCUGUUCUCCAUCUGAUCAGCAAGCUGCUGCUGCUGCUGCUGCUGGCGGCACAUUGUUUCCUUGCGGUCAGAAUUUGCAUAACUCAGUGGUACAUGCUCCGAUAUCCAACAAUAUUUCUCCCAGUCUUCCACCGCAUCCUUCACUUGAUAAUCAGCAACACUGCCUAGAGGCCCUAUAUAACAACAAUGUUAAUCCUCAUGAUCAAGCUGGAAUUGAUCUCCACUAUCUCCUGGCGAGCUUUGGUCCUGGUGUUCCUUGCUAUUCUCCUCCUGAUCGGCGAGCUGCUGCUGCUGCUGGCACAUUGUUUCAUUGCGAUCAGAAUUUGUCUUACUCAGUAGUACAUGCUCCGAUAUCCAAUAAUAUUUUCCCCAUUCUUCCACCGUGUCCUUCACAUGAUAAUCAGCUACACUGCCUAAAUAACAACGAUGUUAAUCCUCAUGAUCAACCUGAAACAGAAAUUGACAACGAUUUCGUGAACCCUUUGCAUCCUUCGUCUUUGGAGAAAGAUAUUCACGAUCAGCAAGGAAUAUCAAAACAGCAUCUGUCUGAUCCAUUUCAGAAAGAUAUUCAACCCUUAGAACAACAGAAACCAUUUGAAGAGGGCGGUUCAGAGGCGGUUCAAUCAGUUCAGAGGGAUGAAAGGCAAAAUAAGGAACUUGAAGGAUUCAAGUUGCCGGUGGGUAAAGAAGCUGCUAGAACCGAAAUUACUCCAAGAACAGCUGAGGAAAGAGGCCCAGAUUCUGACAUUUUAAAAGAAAUUUUACGAGAGGUAGCAAAGCUCAAUAAAGAGGUGCGGGCUGUGACUACAAAAGUUGAAAUUAGUUUACGGGGGCAACAGAAUGGAACUCAUUAUAAUUACUCUCGUGAGUCAACAUCUUCCACAGGUCGGAUUGAUUUCUUUACCAAGCCCAAUGAAAAUCCUCAUAAUGAUCAAAAUCGUAUCGCCGGUGGGUCAAGAGUAAGUGGCAACUCCAAAAGAGCCAGACUAAGUUGACAAAAUUCCUACCGUAGAUGAAACCGUCAUAGAAAAAUCUACUUUGUGUGACCAGCCUCUUAAAAGGUUACUAAAUAAAAUAAAAUAAAAUAAACUUAUUUGUAUUAAGUGAUAAUAAAAAUCGAUUAUAGCAUGAUUAAUUAUUUUGAAUUU